AUGUCAGACCUAAACACCGAAUCCUUGCUAGCUCGCUUGACACUGGAUGAGAAAUUGGCGUUGAUCGCGGGACAGUCCCAGUGGCGGACCGCAGCGAUUGAUCGCCUGAAUAUUCCUUCUCUCAAGGUGUCGGAUGGACCAUCCGGGGCGCGUGGAGAAGUCUUUGGAGAGAACACACCAGCGGCUUUCCUGCCCUGUGGCGUGAGUCUUGGGGCCACAUGGGACCCAGACCUUCUACAUGAAAUCGGACAGUUACUGGCAGAUGAGUGCAAAACAAAAUCCGCCUCGGUGCUCCUCGGUCCCACGAUUUGUAUUCAUAGACACCCCCUUGGUGGACGCAACUUUGAGGCAUAUAGUGAGGAUCCCUAUCUCACUGGUAAGCUAGCCAUUGCCCAUGUUCGGGGCAUCCAGUCCCGCGGCAUUGGGGCCACGCCCAAGCAUUUCGUUGCCAACGAUCAGGAAACUAGGCGGUUCAAAAUAGACGCCAAGGUCGCUGCCCGUGCUCUGAGGGAGGUUUAUCUGCUGCCGUUUCAGAUGGUCGUCCGUGAUGCCGACCCCUGGUGUAUGAUGACUGCGUAUAACAAGGUCAAUGGUCGCCAUUGUGAUGCAUCCCGUGAGCUGCUCAUUGACAUCGCCCGUGGUGAGUGGGACUGGCGCGGGGUCUUCAUGAGCGAUUGGGGAGGCACCACGUCUACAGUCGCGUCGAUCAAUAACGGCCUCGACCUCGAGAUGCCUGGGCCACCUACCAAACGCUCGAGAGAUGCAUUGGAGGAGUCCCUCCAACAAGGCAUGGUGGACCUGGACCGAGUGACCGAGUCCGCUGGUCGCAUCCUGCGUCUUCUCCAUCGGACGAACAGGUUUGCUGGCCCUAGGGAUGACCCAGAGCGAUGCGAGGACACGCCGGAGAAGAGGGCCUUGCUUCUUCGCGCUGCGACCGCGGGUAUUGUUAUGCUGAAGAAUAGCUCGUCAGCUCUUCCACUCAAACCCGUAGACUCUCUCCGCAAAGUCGGCAUAUUUGGUCCCAACGCGCAAAGGGUAGUCGCGGGCGGGGGAGGUAGUUCCUACAUCAAAGCCCAAUAUUGGACUUCAGUCUACGGUUCAAUGAAGCAUGAGCUUCGUGAAACCCAGACUGAAUUUGUCAGUUUACCAGGAGCCAAAGUCAAUCGAUACCUUCCCAUUUGUGAGGUGGCCAGGGACCCAGACACUGGCAUGUCCGGAGCAGCUGUCGACUGUGACGAUUUGUAUUUCAUGUCUUUCGGAACCGUUCCACCCGAAGUGAAUGAUGCAACCAAUUUUUCCUUUCGCCUUCGUGCCAAAGUCCGGCCACGUACAACCGGCUCCCAUUCGAUUUCUCUCGCCUCCAUUGGCCCUGCAAAGCUUAGUCUUGACGGGUCCCUACUCCUGGAGCAAUCUGGGGCCUACGAAGAGAAAGGCAAUCUCUUCUUCACAUACGGGAGUGAGAAAACUUGCACCUGGGACUUCGAGGCUGAAAAUGACUAUGAGCUCCAAAUUGAUUACAGAUGCCAUGGUCGCCAGCGUGACCCCAAGCUUUGCUAUCUGCUGGACCCAAUGGAAGAUCAGUUUCAGGGGAUCCGGCUCGGCUUCGAGGAGGAAGAUCGUCGGGACCGACCUAGCGAGGCCGCCAAACUGGCUGUGGACUGCGAUGCCGCCAUCGUGGUUGUGGGCCGUGAUAGAGAGUGGGAGACGGAAGGCCAAGACGUGCCGUUCUUCGAUCUGCCCGGCGAGCAAGUGCGCUUAAUUCGCAGUGUAGCUGCUGUCUGCAAGCGCACCAUUGUGGUCGUACAGGCCGGAACACCCGUGAACAUGGACCCGUGGCUACAAGACGUGCAGGCUGUGCUCUACACCUGGUAUCAGGGCCAGGAGUUGGGCAACGCGGCGGCCGCAGUUCUCUGUGGCCAUGCCAACCCUUCGGGUCGACUGCCUGUCACAUUCCCGCGGCGGAUCGAAGACUGUCCUGCCUACUCAUCGUUUCCAGGUGAGGCGGACGAGGUCUAUUACACUGAGGGCCUAUUUGUCGGCUAUCGAUGGUGGGAUCUGCUAUCUAUCGAACCGUUGUUUCCCAUCGGAUUUGGCCUCUCAUACAACGAGUUCGAGGUGGCGCCGGGCUCGAUCAGCACACACACCUUAUCAAUCGGCUCUUCCGAGUUGACUGUCACUGCGCAUGUGACCAACACCGGUGGGAGCGAAUUGCCAGGUCGGGAGACUGUGAUUGCGUGGUUCUCUCCGUACGGACCAACGAGACUGAGGCGGCCGAAGAAACAGAUCUGUGGCUUCGCCAAGUCUCGGCCAUUGCUGCCCGGUGAGACGCAGGAGGUCGAGAUCCAAAUCGACUACCGGUCUUUGGGGAUGUUUGACACUAGUAGGUACCUUUGGAUCAUUGACGCUGCUAGUGAAGUGGAGAUAUCGCUGGGAACGACGGCGUCCAACGCGGUGCCUGUGGGACGUGUGACGGCAGGUCAGGAGAUGACUUGGAGCAAAUAG